AUGCGCGUGUUGGAGAUCAUCAUGCUUCCACGAAGAGCAUUCAAAGGUCGAAUAGUCAUACGAAAUGUUGAGGAGCCAGAGGUACCUAAUGUACUUGAUGUGCAACCUCAAAGGGAAGUCACUAGUGUUGAGUUUCGCGAGGCUAUUCGAACGCUAAGACAAGUGGUAACUAACCAAGUCGGGCAACAAAGGGAAGCAUUACAAGAAGGGUCUGACACUUUUAUGAUUCGGGAACUCUUGAGGAUGAAUGCCCCAAGCUUCGCUAGUUCGAGUUCUAUUGAGGGUCCGGAGAACUUUGUGGAAGAGUUGAAAAAGCGGAAAGAGGGCAAAGAUGAGGAUGCACCGAAUCCGAGUAGGACUUGUGUUGAAGAAGGGUUCUUGGGGCAUUUAUUUCCCCGAGAACUGAAGAAAGCAAAGAAUGAGCUUGUUGUUACUAGCUUGGGUUGUGCUUCAAGAAAAGAAGGUAGAACUGCAAUGUUGAUUGGGGAGAUGGACAUUUCAAGGCUAAUGGUCUAUAUGCAAAAAGUUGAAGAAGAAAAUCUAAGUGACAGAGAGGAGUACAGGAACAAGAAAGCUAAGAGCGGAAUGAGUCUGAUCAACAGAAGGGUGGUUCAAGUCAACCCAAAUUUCAGAAACAAAAGGGGCAUGCACCAUCAUUUGCUAGAGCACCUGCACCUUAAAACAAAAAAGAGUAUAAUGUCCAUAAUUCGUAGAACUUUAAGGCUAGACCACCCUAGUCCCAAGGUAGUGUGGAACAAAGCCCAAUCAUCAUCAACUGCUCCACCAGACAGGGAUGCACCUAAAGGAGCCACUUCUGAUAUUGGUGGAGGGGCAAUCACUAGCCGCUAA